AUGUCAGGAAUUAAGAUUAGAGAGGUUAAUGACAAUGCAGAUCAGGUCCCCCAUGGUGAAGGACAAACAGUUGGCAGUGACAUGGCCAUGGACCCUAAAAAGCUCAAAAGGAUUGCUGCUAGCCGCAAGUAUUCACGGAGGUAUAGACUCAAACAGCUGCAAUACAUUGCACAACUGGAAACAGGAGUUAGGGCUCUCCAGGCUCAAGUGGCGGUCACGUAUCCUAGGAUCAAAUAUGCUAAAACGCAAAACUCAUUGUUGCGAGCUGAGAAUUCCUCCAUGAAGAAAAAGUUGUAUGACCUCUCCAACAAGCUUAUGAUGAAAGAAGCUGAAUAUCAUGAACUGAAGAAGCAGAAGGCUGCGUUGAAGCAACUGUCUGUCCUGUACCAAUCUCCCAUUGCAGAUACCUCAGAAGCAGAGCAACAGAGCUUCAGGCAGCUGGUGAAUAUAGCCAGGGAUCAUUCAGGGUUCAAUCAGUUUGCAGGGGAAGCUCGAGUGCCAAUGAUGCAAGAUCCAGACCUUGAGAACCAGUUUGGGUCCGAUGUCAACAAUGAAAAAACCCCUAAUCCGAUACUUAAGGUGGAAACUGAGGAAACUGGGAUCCAAUAA